CGGCCGAUCUACAUAUAAGCGUUUGUUGUCUACAAGAUAUGACAGUUUUAAUCGAAUUUCGUUAAGUGUUGUUGAAUUUCUAUGUCGAUUUGAAAAUGACCGGUAUUAGAAAUCAAAUAAUUAUAUCGGCUUGCAUGUACACAGGACAACUGCUAUUAGGAUAUACAAUUGCUUGGACGGGACCAAUAAUAACAAAACUGCGUGACUCGGAACAGUCCCCGUUACCAUAUUUAUUAUCAGAGACAGAAUUAUCAUUAAUUGCGUCUUUAUUGUACGUUGGAGCUGUACCAGGUCCAUAUAUGAUAGGAUGGUUGUCUAAUAUCAAAGGAAGAAAGCCUUGCCUUAUACUUGGCGGUGUAGUAUCAAUUUUAGCUUAUACUUUAUUAGCUACAGCUAAUAAUUUAGCUAUGCUGUAUAGUGGAAGAAUCUUCGCCGGUUUCGGAAUUGGUAUAAUAGUUCUGGUCAAUGUGGUUUACAUUGGAGAGAUCGCAUCAACACCAAUCAGAGGAGUUCUUUUGACAGUUGUAGGAAUUUGUACUACUCUUGGUACAAUUUUAUUGUUUUCUGUCGGACCAUUCUUCUCUUACCAUGUAUCGGCUUAUGCUGGUCUAAGUUUAGCUGUUAUUUUUACGUUGUCAUCAUUGAUGAUACCAGAAUCUCCGAUUUUUUAUAUAUUAAGAGAUGAUGAAAACGGACUUGUAAAAAGCUUAGAGAUAUUAGGAAGGUUAGAUGAUAAGCAAAAAUUGUAUGAUGUUAAGAGUGAAUUUAAAUCAGUUGAUACCAAAACGGAUUGGAUUGAAUUGUUUACAUUAAAAACAAAUAGACGAGCACUUGUAAUAGGUGUCACUAUUAACAUAUUCCAACAAAGCAGUGGCGUCAUGGCUUUUUUAUUUUUCUCUGGUGACAUAUUUGAAAUGGCUGGUUCUUCUGUAAAUUCGAAUAUAGCUAUGAUUAUAAUUGGAGGAUUUCAACUAUUCGGUAGUUUAUUAGCAUCUGUUUUUAUCGAAAAACAAGGAAGAAAAACGCUUUUGCUAAUAUCUACUGUGGUCUGUUCUAUUACCAUGUUAUCCCUGGGCUUGUACUUUUACUUCGAUCAUGUACAACGAUUACGAAUGGAAGAAGUCGCGUGGUUACCUUUGGUUAUUCUGAUACUAUUUUUUAUUGGAUACGAUUCUGGUUUGGCUAUAAUUCCGAAUGUUCUCAUCGGUGAGAUGUUUACAAGCAACGUCAGGAGUAAGGGUUCAGCUGUUGCUUUGACUUCUGCGUGGAUAGCAGGAUUUCUGGUUUCGACGGCAUUUGGAAUCGUGGUUGAGAACUUUGAUGCACAUCCGGCAUUUUGGUUCUUUUCAUGUUCAUCUGCAAGCGCAUUUUUAUUCACUGUAUUUUUCAUUCCAGAAACGAAAGGAAAAACUCUUUUAGAGAUUCAGAAAUAUAUGAACAAAAGUUAAAUGUUGCAUUUUAUUUAACCGACG